UUCACAAAUUUUUCUUUAAGUAGGUGUUGUUGAGUGUGCCGUGCACACGAAUUCCGAAUUUCGAGUCAAUACUGGUUCAUUGUUGGUACCAGAUACGUGCAUUGGGCUUAGCUCAUACGAAAAAUACUACUACGUUUCGAUGUGUAUGAAUCCGCUGAAUUACGGUACAUUUUAAUAUUUUUUCGAACAAGCAUAAAAUGUUAACAUAACAAAAGAAAUAUGUCCACUAAUAUUGUAACCUCGCACUUGGAGACUGAUGUAACACCGGAAAGCAAAGAGGGUUCCAUUUCCAAAUCAACUUACAAAUGGAAACUUGUAUGGUCACACGUUUUGAUUAUGGUAUUCAUAUAUGCUGGUGGUUUAUAUGGAUUGUAUCUGUUUCUUUUUUAUUGCUCCUGGAAAACGUGCCUCUGGACCUACAUAUAUGGAACCAUAUCCUUUCAAGGUGUUACAGCAGGAACACAUCGAUUGUGGUCGCAUAGAUCGUAUAAAGCAAAGUUGCCAUUAAGGAUAAUUUUAAUGAUAUGUCAAUCGAUGACAUUCCAAGGUCACAUUUAUGGUUGGGCAAGAAAUCAUAGAGCACAUCAUAAAUUCUCAGAUACGGAUGGCGAUCCUCACAACGCGAAGCGUGGUUUCUUUUUUUCUCACGUUGGAUGGCUGCUGGUUCUCAAACAUAAAGAUUUUAUAAAUAAAAGAAAGACAAUAUGUGUGGAUGAUUUAGAAUCGGACCCAGUUGUUCAAUUCCAAAGAAAGUACUAUUUACCUUUGGUCAUCCUUUUAUGUUACCUACUACCAACUAUUGUACCUUGGUAUUUCUGGAAUGAAUCGCUUUCUAUAUCAUGGUACACAGCAGCGAUGUUCAGACACUGCGUUUCGCUAAACGCAACAUACUGUGUGAAUAGCAUUGCACAUUUGUUUGGCACAAAACCAUACGAUAAGAGAAUAUUUGCUGUUGAAAAUUCCCUUAUAUCAGUGGUCACGUAUGGAGAAGGAUGGCAUAAUUACCAUCACGUAUUUCCAUGGGACUACAAAACAUCCGAAUUCGGAAAUUCUCGCCUCAACCAAACCACAAUGUUUAUCAACUUUUUUGCGAAAAUUGGAUGGGCCUACGACCUAAAAACGGUAACGAAGGAACUCAUUGAAAGAAGAGCAAGACGGAGCGGCGAUGGGUCUAAAUUUAAUUUUGAGAAUCAUCACAAUAAUAACGAUGUUUGGGGCUGGGGAGAUUUCGAUAUGAAAACUGAAGACAUUGAGGAAGUAAAAAAAUACAACAAAUUAGUAGAGUUUUAAGACACUAUCGGAUUUAUUUAUUACUUUUUUUGUAUUGGUAUCAGCCUUAAGUCGAAGAUAUUCACUAAAUAUUAAUAUCUAAUUAUGUGUCG